AUUCAGGCUGGUUCUUAAGGCCGUUUCACAUUACAGCAAUAUAUAGAAAAAUAUUGACAGCAAUACAUUUAUGAAUAAUGAUAUCAAUUGAAAAUUAUUGAAUUCAUUAUAUUGGAAAAUAUUUCGAAUUAUUGCAAAUUGUCUCUUUAAAUGUCUCUUUAAAUGUCCAUUUACAUUUUGUUGUAAUUCAAAAUGUCUGAGGAACAGAGAAAAGCGGUUGCUGCGAUUAUUAUUGCUACAACUUUACUUCCGACAAACUUUUCCAAACCUAAGGUUACGCGUAGAAUUUGGGUGAAGGAGUGGAUGAAAAAACGAAAAUCGAUCGGUGUUUACGAUAACUUAGUGCAAGAACUACGUUUGUAUGACGAAGAGAGUUUCCGCAAAUACCUGCGAAUGAGCCCAGACAUAUAUGAGCUUUUACUUGAGAAAGUCAGAAGUAAAUUAACGAAGAAGACAACGCAUUUACGGAAACCUUUGGAGCCGGAGUUGAAGCUGACAAUAACUUUGCGCUUUCUCGCUACUGGGGAGAAUUUUACUAGCUUACAUCAUCACUAUUCUGUUGGUAUUUCAACCAUUGCCACAUUUAUUCCUCAGGUUUGUCAAACAUUAUAUGAUACACUAAAAGAUGAUUUCCUCAAGUUCCCCGAAAACAAAGACGACUGGCUUGAAAUUGCAUCUGAAUUCGAAACGAUGUGGCAAUUUCCAAAUUGCAUUGGGGCAAUGGAUGGAAAUCAUAUUGCUCUGUGGCACGCUCUGACCGAAUAUUUGUGUGUUUUGGCUCAAGAUUGACGAGGUUGGUUUUGGUGAGCUCUGAGUGAAGACAUGUGCGGCAUGUUGCUGUUGCGUCGUAGCUUGAGGAAAUAGUAUUUGAUCAUUCGUAGCAAAAUCGUGUGGCUGACUUUCAAAAUAAUAAAUGUUAUUUUGCUCCAUCUUUUAUCUUCGAUCGUAUGUUUCAUUUACUGUUAUUUCAGACAGACAAAUUUCGAAUACUUUGCUGAUUCGAUUUUUCUAUUGUUCGGAGAACAAUUGAGUCUUCUCACAACAAAAGAAUUUCCCUUGCAAUAUUUUUUAAUUCAAACCGUGUUUGAAUUAAAAAGUCCUGACAAGUAUUGAAAGCGAUUGCGUAAUGUUUUUUCGAACGUGUCUCAAAAGUUGGUUUCACAUUAUGUCAAUUAAUUGAGGCAAUAUUUUUCAAUAGUUAUCAAUAAUUUCCAAUAUAUUGGAUUCAAUAUAUUUCUGUAAUGUGAAACGGCCUUUACUCAAACGAAUGUGCUUCAAUGUCAAUCCAUGAUGAUAGAUAGAUAGAAGUGCAUAUUUUACAUGGCUAGCGUCACAAAUAUCGAGGGAUAUACCCUGUCUAUUGUUUACAGGAGGGGACAUGGCUUUGAUGGGGAGUCCUAGCUCUCGUACUCUGUGUAGGAGACCGGGGUUCGAU